GACCAGCACGACGUGCAGGAGGCGCCCGUUGUGCCUGCGGGCGUCGACGAGGGCGACCUGCUCGACAUUGACAACAGCGAGCCCCCCGUCAUCGAGGCCGAGCCCGCCGACCUGCAUGCGCCCGUCGACGCCGCCGCGCAGCUCGUCGACGGGCGCGACGCUGGCCGCGCCGGCCUGCCUGCCCUGCCCCUCCGUCCGGGGCUCGCGCGAGGCAACUCGGUGCCCACGCAGCCGCCGCUACACCUACCGCCGCCCGCGCCGCCGCAACAGCCGCCGCCCCAGACGCCGGGCAGCGCGCUCUCGCUCAGCCAGCUGCACCAGCUGGUCAGCCAGGGCGGCCUGCCGCGCGCCGAGGCGACGCCGUAUGCUUUUGUGUACGACGAUGCAUCAAGCCUGGCCGAGCAGCUCGAGGAGUGGUUCACGUACGCCGUGGAGGAGCAGGCCAUGCUGCUGAAGGCGCAGGCCAGCUUUGCCCUCGCCUGGACCAGCUUCAACCGCCGCAGCGACGCCUCGUACACGGACGGCAGUCUCGACUGGACCCGCGCGGCCGACGCCCAGCACACGGCCUUUGUCCGCCAUCUCCUGCACGAAAUCCGCGAGGAGGAGCCGACGGAGCGCCUGAAGAGGCUCGAGGCGCUGGUCUAUGUGCUGCUCGGGUGCUGGCAUGAGACUGCCGGCCUUGCCACAGCGCCUGACGAGCAGCCUGAUGAGCAGCCUGAUGAGCAGCCUGAUGAGCAGCAUGACGAGCAACCUGACGGCGAAGAGAGAACGCCCGGCACCGCUUACGAGCGCUCGGGGCAGCAGCUCGAGCUGAUACUGCGCAACGUCAGAUUGCUGACCGCAUGCGACGGCGUCCAAACAGUCGUAGACGUCCUGCGCACCUCCAGCAUGCGCGCUUGCGGCGUCAUAUCCGAGGACGAACAGCACGAGGGCAAAGAGGCCGAACGCCGUGAGCUAUGGUGCGCUAUGACUGCUGUCUACGUCGUAUUGGAAGUUGCGCGGUAUCGAGAAGUCACCGACAACGAUCUGAGCCUCAGAGGCGUCGUCCUUGACCUCAAGGAACCAGGCUUGCUCAUGUUGCUCAUCGACGUCAUCUCGAAGCUACGAUGGGACGAGUCGAUCCACCUUCCGCUCAGCAAGGUCACGCUUCUCUUGUGGAAAGCAUUGCUCGUCUGUUUUGGCGGUCUCUCUGAAGCCGACAAGGCUAAGGAUUCCUUCAGGGACAAGAAUCUCGAUGCUGAAGAUGCUCGCGGACAGCCAAUCAUCACAGCAUCGCCUCUUGACUACCAUCUUUUCCGACAAGAGAUUAGCUCCAAGUACCCCGCGUACAACCCACCCGCACCGCUGUUCCCUCUGGAGCCAGAGAACAACUCUAUCCUUCCCCCUUUGAGGAAUCAUCCGAACAAAGUGGCAGGCAAUCAUGUCUUCGGCUCUGGGCUUGGGGAUACAAAUGGGAACAACACCUCAAUCCUUCAUCAACCCGUACAUAUUGCGACUCCUGCACCCUCGCCUCCACCUUCACCAGCUGGACCGGGCGGAAAGGGCGGUAAGAAACAAAAUUACCAAACAAACCAGAUGUUUCCCUUCCUGUAUCCACCACUUGAUGAGUCCAGUAACAACCUGGGUGGCAAAGGCUCCACUGAUCUCCAAGAUAUGCUUGUUGGACGCAAGUGGGAGGGGUCUGACAUUCCAGCAUCCAUCUUAGAAGCGGCCGAGCUAUUCGCUACGCGUAUGAAGGCCACACGCGCAAUGAAGCAGCUCUGGGAAGAACGUGUGGCGUUCAUGAAGUACGAGCGGGGCUGGUCUGGCCCUGACGAUAACCCCGAUGUUGAAGAGCUGUCACUCGAGCCCAGGGAAGGUUCACCAGAGAAAAAGAAGCAUGUCGCUGGGAGUAUCGAGGAGAGAAUGGGUCUUGUCGAAGACUUCUACCGCAACGCACUCUCAAGUCUGCAGUCUCUGGUCAUAGUUCUGAUCAAGGCGAUCUUAGCACACGUCACUGCCCUCGUGACACAGUCGAGUGGAGCAAAUGGAUUGCAGAGUGGCUUUCAGUACAACGACAAUGUCAACGGAAUGUCAGCGCAGAGGCCUGAGACUAAUGGUAUGAAUGGCCACAGCAAUACACCUGCGACGAACGAGGAACUGGACGCUAUGCGAACUCAGGAAGUCUUGGAUCAGGCUGUUACCGGCACACUUAUGCUGAUCCUCAAAUGGUUCAAGGUGUCACACAUCUUGAAGUUUGAAUACAUCACUCAGCUACUGGUCGACUCCAGCUACAUUCCCUUAAUUCUGAAAUUAUUGCAACUGCAAGAGAUUGAAAAGAUUGUUAACUUCAAGAGCGAGCAGGAAGAGCUGAAUUUUUUCAACUUUUGUCGCGCUCACUCUCGCAACAUAGUUGACGAAAGGGCUAACGACAACACUGGGGACAAGUCAGACAGGGAAUCAGACUCCGAUGAAGCAGCUCCUCCACCCAUCCGCCUCACCCGCAACGAAUCAAUCGAUUCGGGUGUUGGAUCCAUGUCUCAUCCUUCUGUACUCCAACCUCCCGAGGUCGACGAACUCGGCUUCCCCACCAAUGAGCUACCUUCCGAACCCAUCACCACCUUUUCCUGGCGCGCGUUCUUUACCUCGAUAAACUACAUGCGCAUCAUGCAGAAGAUUUGCAAGAACAAGGCCCAUCGAAACCUCAUGCUUGUAUCCUACAAAUCCUCGCAGUUCCUUCGCAAGAGCUUGAAAGUUCCGCAGCCACAGUUGCGGUUGUACACUCUCAAGCUCUUCAAGAACCAGGUGCCCUACUGUGGCCGCAAGUGGCGCCAGUCCAAUAUGCGAGUCAUCACCGCUGUGUAUCUGCAUUGCCGCCCAGAGCUUAGGGACGACUGGCUGGCAGGCAGCGAUGUGGAUGCCGAGGUUGACGAGAGUGUGCCGCUGGAGCAAGCACUGCGCAGCCUGACGCACUGGUUCAAUCUCAAACGCUAUCCCGAGAGUCUCGGAGCGAAGCCUGGUGUGUUGGGCGAAGAAAUGGAUUUCUUCCGCAACGAGCUCGAGAAGAUGGACUGGGGCGAGCAGGAGCAGGGCGACGAGGGUUUUGACCUUGGCUGGGAGGGCCAGAGUGAGGGUUGGUGAGCGAGUGUCUUGUGCACACCGUACCCGUGCCCGUGCCCGACUCCCCCCCUGCCCCUGCACUGUCAAGGCCGGGUCUCGCGUUGACUGAUCCACAGAUGAGGCCGACCGUACCCGCUUCCUCGCGGGUCCCAAGCUCAAGGUACGGCGCAGGAGGGAGCCGAGCAAAGG